AUGACAUUCAGCAGCAGCAAUGGUGGCAGCAGCAGUAACGCGGUGACAGCAGCAGCAGCGGUGGAGCAGCAGGCAGCGGUGGAGCAGCAGGCAGCGGUGGAGCAGCAGGCAGCGGUGGAGCAGCAGGCAGCGGUGGAGCAGCAGGCAGCGGUGGAGCAGCAGGCAGCGGUGGAGCAGCAGGCAGCGGUAGGCAACGGCAACCAGAAAUGUACCGUAGCUAGUAGAAUAACAUAG